CUUCUCUCCUCAGCGUGUCCAGCUGGGGCUACCGGGUGGCCCAGAGCUUCGUCUUUGCUGUGGAGGAGAUCAACAGGAGCACCCACCUGCUGCCCAACCUGACACUCGGCUUCUCCAUUCGCAACUCCGGGGACUCUGUGCACGGGGCCCUGCACGAGACCAUGGCCUUCCUCACGGGGCAGGAGGACCCCGUCCCCAACUAUGCGUGCCACCUCGGUCCACCCCGGGCCGCCCUGGUGGGGGACACGCGCUCGGCCCUGUCUGUGGCCAUGGCCAGGCUCCUGGGGCUCUACAAGUUUCCCCAGGUCAGUUAUGCAUCCACGCUGCCCAGCCUCAGUGACAAAACCCAGUUCCCCUCCUUCCUGCGCACUCGAGCCAGUGACCUCGUGUCUUCCUAUGCUGUGACCCAGCUGGUGCUGCACUUGGGAUGGUCCUGGAUUGUCAUCCUGGCUCAGGACGAUGACUUUGGGCAGCAGGCUGGUGCUCUGGCUGCUGGGGAACUCGGAAAGGCAGACAUCUGCAUCGAAUUCCACCUCUCAGUGCCUUCCCAGCACUCCCCUGAGAAGAUCAGCACUGUGGUGCAGAAGAUGCAGAUCAGCACUGCCACAGGAGUCCUGGUCUUCCUGAACAACUCUAACUUCAAGCUCAUCCUGCAGAGCCUGCUGGGUGUCCGUGUCCUGGGCCAGGUCUGGGUCAGCGAGGGCCUCCUACACACGGCACUUGCCCUGGCCAUGCCGGGCAUCUCUCGGGUCCUGCGGGGUGCGUUUGGCCUUCUGUGCCACAGAAACCGCGUACAUGGGUUCCCUGAGUUCUUCGCCAACCUUCACCCAAGUCGGACCCCAGAGGACAUGUUCCUGGGGAGGUUCUGGGAGGCCACCCUAGGGUGCAGGUGGCCGCAUGGGAACGAUACAGUGUCUGGAGCUGUGCAGCUGUGCUCAGGUAGCGAGAGUCUGAGCGGCCAUGAGCAUCCUUUCCAGGAUGUGAGUGAAGUGGACAUCGCAUACACGGCUGUGUACAGUGUCGCCCACGCCCUGCAGGAUCUGGUGUCCUGUGAGCAUGGGGGUGGGGUGUGUGCAGACCCCCGGCACUUCCAUCCCUGGCAGCUCCUUCACGCCCUCAGGAAGGUGCGCUUCCAGACCCCUGAUGGGACCCACAUCGCGUUCGAUGCCAACGGAGAUUUGGUGGCAAAAUUCGAUGUUUUCCAAAGACAGCAGAGCCCAGAGGGCCAGUUUAACUUUGUCCACAUUGGCACAAUGGACCCUCAUCCCUCUUUGGGGCACAGAAUGAUGAUUCACUUGAAGGAUGGCAUCCAGGUGCCCAGCUCUGUCUGCAGCACCAGCUGUGAACCAGGAUCCAGCCAGAUCCCCCAAGAGGGAGCCCCCCACUGCUGCUUUGAGUGCCGGCUCUGCCCGGAGGGACAGUUUGCAGACCAGAGAGACAUGAAGAGCUGCCUUCUGUGCCCUGCAGAGCAGUACCCAAGCCAGGCCAGAGACCGCUGCCUUCCCAGGACAGAGACCUUCCUGACCUUUGACGAGCCCCUGGGCCUUGCGAUGACCUUGAUGGCACUGACACUGGCCAGCCUGGCAUGCCUGAUCCUCGGGGUGUUCCUGAGGUUCCGGCACACACCCGUGGUCAGGGCCAACAACAGAGCCCUCAGCUACGUGCUCCUGGCCUCCCUGACCCUCUGCGCCCUGAGUCCCUUACUGUUCCUUGGCCGCCCCUCGCCCGCCACCUGCCUCCUGCGCCAGACCACCUUUGCCGUGGUGUUCACUGUGGCCGUGUCCUGUGUCCUUGCCAAGACCCUCACUGUGGUAAUGGCCUUCAGGGUCACGAGGCCAGGACAGAGGGUCCGCGUGUGCCUAGGACCCGGUGCCGCCGCCUCUGUGGUCCUGGUCUCCUCCCUGACGCAGGUCAUUCUCUGUGGGGUGUGGCUGGCCACCUCCCCGCCCUUUCCCCACAGGGACGCAGCGUCGGAGCCUGGCCGCCUUGUGCUCCAGUGUCAGGAGGGCUCUGGUGUCGCCUUCUCCUGCGUGCUGGGCUACCUGGGCCUCCUGGCCACAGGAACCUUCUCUGCGGCCUUCCUGGCGCGGGGCCUGCCCGAUGCCUUCAAUGAGACCAGGUUCCUCACCUUCAGCAUGCUGCUCUUCUGCAGCGUCUGGACAGCCUUCCUGCCCCUGUACCACAGUGCACGGGGCAAGGCCACGGCAGCUGUGGAGGUCUUCUCCAUCCUGGCCUCCACUGCAGGACUGCUGGGUGGCAUCUUCCUCCCCAAGUGCUACCUCAUCCUGCUGACACCUGAGAGAAAUACCGCACCCAGCUUGAGACCCGGGCCCUGGGCUCAAAGCGGCUGUGGGAGUCUCCUGGGACCAGCACUCUCCCCGGGGCCGCAGCACAGCCCCAUCUGAGCCAGGCCUCCAGACAGCAGCCCGAUCCUCGCUGGUUCUUGGUUCCUGUGUUGACUAAGGGACAGGUGAGGAUUCAGUACACAGGAAGUGAUACAUGGAUUAAAUAAACGCGCUCUACCCAUGAAUUAAAUGGUAUUUGAGGGUAAGAAAGAAGGACUAGUGCAAGCUGCAACAUGAGCUUUGAAACUGUUAUGUGAGUGAGGGAAGCCAAAUGCAGAGCGCUGAGUGGUGUAAGAUCCCAAUCCUCUGAAAUUUCCCAGCUGAGGCAAAUCCAGGGGGCCCAAUGUAGAGUAUAUUUCCCCGGUGUUUUGGGGGAGAUUGAAGGUUCCAGUGAUGACUAAGUGGUGCAGCCUUUCUUUGGGGAAUGAUGAAGUUAUCAGAUUGCUUUUGAUGAUGGCUGUCCAAUUGUGUGAAGGUAGUAAAAACUAUUAAAUUGGUUACUUUAAUUGAUGAAUUGUAUGUUAUGUGAAUUAAAUUUCAAUAAAGUUAGUAUUUUAUAAAA